AGAGUUUUGAGUCUGAGAACAGAGAGAGGCAACGAGGCUCAAUGGCGAAGGGCUUCACCCUGAUUCAAACGGUGGCCACAGCUGGAGUCUUCUCUGCUGUUUCCUUCUGGUAUGGCUUCAUGAUCGGCAGAGAAUCCGCUCGCAAAGAGCUUAGCGAAUUGAUCGAAGAUCUCCGCCGCCAAAUUCCCGAUUCCUCCUCUCAUCCACAUCCUUGAAUGUGCUUAGAUUAAGGGUGGCAGAGACAACUGGGCUGUGAAGUGCUCUUAUUAAUAAACUGAGUCUAAGGAUGAAUCGUGUUGCCAAUGGUACUCAGACAUUGGUUGAAGCUUCUCCCUGGCCGCGUUUGUAUUGUAGAUUUGCUGUCUUGUUUCAUUCUCCUUGAUCAGAAACACACUGUACUAGAUCAUAGUUUUGGGGCUUUGACAUGUUCACUUCAUAGAAACCAACUGCUAUGUUUAUCUGUUGCUCAAAAAAGUAGUGUGGAACUAAUUUAUUUAGGCAGGUGAGAUUUAAAUUCAAAUGCUAAUGAAAAGGGUUAGUUGAGGUGGCAAUGGUCAUGUGGAGUUCUUGUA